GUUCUUCGUCAGCGCUCCAUAAACGCCAUUUUCGAAUUUAUGUGUUGGAUGUAUAAUUUGGGAGGGGUGUACAUUCGAAUAGGAGAUUGAUGAUUUACUACUAAAGAGUGUUCUUUGUAGUGCCUUGUGUGAUAGAUGAACAGAAUCAGCCAAAUUGUGUUCGUCUACAGAAAUACCUUGCAUCACGUUUAAGCCGACUGCUAUGGAGUGACCGCAGCCAUGGCGUCCCUCAGGCUGUCUUGUCUCGGCCUGCUGUCCCUGCUCGCGCUCGCCGCGUCCCACCAGACCUCCGAGGAGGACUUCGCCUUCGAGCCGUCCACCAGCGAGGAGUCUGACUUCCCCGUGCCGCUGGGCCGGCCGCGGCCGUCGUGGGCGCUCGUGCAGAGGCUGUGGGGGGUCCCCGACACCUUCGCCCCCGUCGGGAAGCUGCUGCACCUCGCCGUCCCCAACGACGCCUUCAAGGGGGACGUGGACCGCUACGAGGCAAGCGGACCUCGAGGCACCCCCUUGCCACGGUGGCUCUCGUUCGACCGGUCAGCGGGCAUAUUUGAAGGUGUUCCAAGCCCCAAGGACGAGGGAGAAGUAUACAUCACGGUGAGGGCGCUCGGUGCUGAUCCCCACAACUGGGCCAAAGACGUGUUCUCCAUCGAAGUGACUGAUCAGUCCCCUGCAGAUAACAUUAUAUCAGCGCUCGCUGCUCCUCUGGACAGUCACAAGGUGACUUGUGAUGUGGGGGAAGACCCAGCCCUGUUAACAAUAGUCAUGGAUGGCAAGUUUGAACACAUGAAACCAAAGCAACGCAUCUCCGCCAUCAAGAACCUCUCUGGCUUUCUUGGUCUUCAUCACAGCUUGUUUCACCUGCAAGCAAUGCCAUCUCGCGUGGACUUACAAGGGAGUGGCGUGCUCAUGGCUGGACCAGGAAACGUCAGGAAAAAGAACAGCAAAUAUUCUACAGCACUUCAGUGGCAGGUGGGCUGCGACGGGCACGUCUGGAGGAAGCACUCGCGCGCGCUGGAGCGGCUAAAGCUGCAGGCGCAGGACGGCACGCUCGCCGAGGUGCUGCAGCAGCCGGUGGUGGGCUGGCACGUCAGGACAGAGCCGGCCGCCGCGCGGCGCAGCCGACGAGAGGUCCAGACUGGGUCUGGUGACGGAGAUGACUACGAAUACUACGACUACGGCGAUGACGUAGAAAGUGCAACUGAACCGGAUGUGACGCCCGAACCACGAAUCAUCCCCACCAUGUCUUCACCAACGUACCCACAACCAACAGACAUGCCUCAUUUGCACAGGCAUCAUCACGGAGAAUCUCCUAAUGACACUGUAAAGACUCUUGCGGAAAUAACGUCGGCUAGUGAAGUUGCGUACACCCUGCCUACCAGUCCAGUUUAUGGGACUAUACUGCCUACACCAGUCUUGGUCCCGGUGCGUCCUACACAGGUGCUAGCGAGUGAAGUGCUUGUGGAGGCAACCAGAGUUUACAACAAUUUUGCAGAAAUAACUCCGUCCGCCACCCCGGUGCUGGAGACAGAGGUGGAACCCACAGUCACCACUGAGCAGCCUACAAUGCAGGUCACCGAGCCACUCCCUUCAGUUGGUAGCAGUGGCGUCAGCAGCAGUGAAGCUGAGUCCAGCAGUGGUACCACUACUACCACAACCACAACAAUAACCACCACUACCACCGUCUCAACAGAAGAUUUGCCUGCCACUGAGGAGUCUUCAACUACCGAGGAGGCAUCAUCGAAUACCUCUCCGGCGCUAACGCAUCGAACAUCGACGCCUCCUGGCCCUGAUGAGGAGAUUGUGUUUGGAGUUAAGAACAUACCUCCCAACACAGGCACUUUGCUGCCCCGUCUUCCGGUCACAGCUGGAAAAGCUAUCAGAUAUGUUAUUCCAGAAAAUGCAUUCUCAGAUUUGGAAGAUGGUAGCACAAGAAAUCUCCAGCUUACAUUUUUGGCUCCUAACAACAGUACCAUUUCACCAAACAAUUGGCUUCAAUUCAAUCCAGAAACCCAAGAGGUUUAUGGUUUGCCACUCGAUGAGAACGUGUCCCGCUGGCCGUACAUCCUGGAGGCGACGGACAGGGAAGGAGCGAAAACUUCCCAGCAGUUGGUGGUCUGGGUCCAGCAGCAUAAAGGCUCAAGGGCGGUGCACCACGAGUUCUCCCUCCACUUGCGGCUGGAGAAGAAGUUUGAGUUCCCGUCGGUGGUCGACUGGGAGAUGCACGUGUUGGACAGCUUGGCGCGACUGUACGGAGACGCAGACACCAGCCAGAUCACCGUGCGAAACGUCUCGCUCCAGGUGGACCCCAUCAUCUUUUCCUGGACGAAUGACUCGCUGCCACGGACCCACUGCCCAAAAAAAGAAAUUGAUGAUCUCUUUAAGGUGAUGGUGCUGAACGAUAAUGGGGACCCGUCGACCGCCCUCAAGGACGCGCUGCUGCCGUCGGUGCGGGUGAAGAAGGUGACCUACCGCGGCCUCGGGCAGUGUGAGCCCGCCCCCCCUCCGGCCCCGCCCCGCACUCCGCAGGACAACUUCCCCCCCGUGGCCAGGAACCAGGUGGACCACAUCAACGCCACGGUCGGCCAGCUCCUGGUGUUCAAGGUGCCCGAGGAUUCCUUCUAUGAUCCCGAGGACGGCAGCGCCCGUCACCUGAAGCUGUCGCUGCUGACAAUGAACCGGAUGCCGAUCGACCCCACCCACUGGCUGCAGUUUGAUGCCAAGAACCAAGAGUUUUAUGGGAUACCCUCCAGAAAUGAUGAGGGCAGGAGAGAAUACCAACUGGUUUGCGAGGACAGUGCAGGGCUGAUGGCCAAUGAUGGCUUGGUGGUGGUCGUGCACCCCGCCCCUGCGUCGCUGUACAAUGUUGAGUUCCGAAUGAAACUGAACAUUCCGUACGAAUCUUUUGUACAGAGUGCUGCACAGAAACGCAAGUUUGUCGAGAAAGUUGGUGAACUUUUCGACGACCACAACACGAGCACAGUGGUACUGAAAAAUAUCACUCAAGGCAGUACGGUCAUAUCGUGGUUCAAUCGCUCACUUCCGGUGGACCACUGUCCACAUUCGGAAAUCCGGCAGUUGAAACAGAUGCUCAUAAAAGGCGAUGGAAGCACGUCCGAACGUGUGGCGAUUGUCAUGGGUCAGGAAUUUCCCGUCGUGAACUUGGAACUCGUACCGAUGGGACUGUGCCAAGGAGGCUCGACCAGAGUUCAUGAACCUGAAGUGGAUAGGAAUUUGCCAGUUGACGAAACAGCACCUGACGACUCCCAACCUGUCAGCUCUUCCGAAGAAUACCUCGUGACGUUCAUAGUUCCAGCGGUGAUAAUAGCUGCCAUGCUACUGCUGGCUGGAGCGGUGGCCUGCGUUCUGUACCGGAGACGCCGCACCGGCAAAAUGAACGUGGGGGAGGAAGAUGAACGCCAAAGUUUCCGCAACAAGGGCAUACCUGUCAUCUUCCAAGACGAGCUGGAAGAACGCCCAGACCCGGGCAACAAGAGUCCGGUGAUCAUGAAAGAGGAGAAGCCACCCUUGCCACCGCCCGAAUACCAGCGAGGAAAUGAGGAUAGGGCUUCACCCCCUCCCACGGCAGCACACCCCCUCUUGGGAGGGGACCCUCCUUCUGACGAUGCUCCCUAUCAGCCUCCCCCGCCCUUCACUUCCAACCGAGACUCUGGCCGUCACAACCGCCCCAUGCCCACGCCCAUAUACCGCAAGCCACCCCCGUAUGUACCUCCCUAACACGUACGAGUCCCUAUACUAGACGAGGAGAUGAUCACCCGGUGCCUUCCACGUACCACCGCUUGGCCCCAUCCACGACAAUACUGCAAGUUGUCUUCAUUCCACAUUUAGUGUAGUGUUGGUGCCACUGCCAGGACGGGGGCAAAUGUCUCUUCGUGUAUGCAAAACAAUGACUUUUUUAUGUGUAUAUGUUGGCCAUUGUGAUAGUGAAACUAACGUAAGUUUUUAUAAAUGAAUUGAGACUUUGAUUUUCUGAUGUAGUUUUUUUUUGAAAGUGAAUAGUAUUUUGUAUGAUACCGGAGCAGCAUUCAAGAUACUCUACAGUUAGUUUCAAGAAUUUCUUUGAAGAACAUAAAUGUGGUUUGUUUGAAAACAUUUGAACACCUGCCGUAAACACAUGUUGCAUAGAAACGUUAUGCUAAGUUACCACAAACAUUGUAUGUAUACUUUCCUACUUAGGCUUUGAACUAUUAUUUAGUUUAUUUGUGUGUAUGAGAGGUACACAUAAUGGAAGUGAAAUAUCUGUCAUAAAACAUGUUAAAAAAACUCUAAAGCAUGUGUAAACUGUACUGAUUGAAAUUAUUUCCUGGCCUGAAUUAUUGAUGAUCAAACUUUUUUUUUAUAAAAUUUUAAUGUGGACAUAGAAAGUUGGCAACCAUGCAGUUAUAUCUGUUAAAAUAAUUCCUAGUAGUGAUAAAAUAAGUGUGUGAUAUAAAUAUUCAUAAAAUGCUAAACAAAGAGAUGUAUUUUUCUUCUUCGUAUUGUGUCCAAUUUUGUUAUAUAUUAUUUUGUCCUGUACUGAUAUAGCUUAACAUUUGAUCAUGUAAUUUUUUUUAUUUCAUGUUGAAAUAUUAUGCACUUUGUAUUUAUUUUGUGGUAUAAAACAAACUGUACCAUGACAUAAUUAAUAAAUUUAGAUUAUGUUGUAA